AUGUAUUAUGAAAAUUGCGUUUAUGCAUUUAUCUUGAGAGAGAAGAAAACAAGAUUACCCAGCCCUUUUAUAAACUAUCUGUUUGCUAUAUCAUGCUGCUUAUAUAAAAAAGCAAUGCUAAUUUGUUCAGAAAACAGCAUGAAAUUAUGCAAGUUUGACCUAUUAAUAGAAAGCUACUCAGAAAUACAAUUUAUUGAUCUUUAUCCAGCAUAUGCAUAAAAAUGGGCGUGUUUAACCAAACCCAAACUCUUAGCACCUGUAGCGGGGAGACUCAGGGAAAUUAUGGGAAGGAGCUUUGGUGUUCAUAUGUGCAUCGGGCCAUGCUUUAUUUGCUUUAAUGGAGAGCAAUGUCUAAGUUAGCGAAUCGCAGUCUCGCAUUUAGAUCAAGUUUUAUCUCUAAGGAAGAUAGAAUUCGGAGUUGAAAAGAGGUGACUAGCCAACGAGGUCCUCAUAGUAGCUCAGGAACGUUUUUCAGCGGGAUACUACGUUGGGUCCUGGACUACGAAUUUUCAUUUUGACUUAGAAAAUUUGUUUGAGAAUUUUUCUUUUGCAUACGUUACGGUGAUCCAAACUUUCCUACUACAAGGAGCAUACUCAGGCCUAUGUCUGGAAGGAGCGAACACUUUGAAGACCGUGGUACGAUUGCUGGUGAAGUCAGUGAGCUUUUCUAAUAUUUUUAUCCAGUAUCAGAAAAAAUGCUAUUUACUGGAAAUAAGAGGGCUUAUAUUGCAGAUAGCAUUACUUUAGCGUUAUCAUUAAUUAUUGAUUAGGGCGCUUCCUCUGUUUGCGUCUCACUCAAGGCGAGUCUUCUUAGAAGCUAUCAGCGAGCCUCCCUUGGCAUGUCAGCAUUUCCACCAGAGAUAGCUCUCCUCUGACUUUCGGCCUGGCUCUUUAAUGCUGUUUCGUGACCUUAAAGUAUGCAGGUUUGAGAUUUGACAAUUUCUGCUUGAGUGACUAGGAUAAAUUCCCUAGCUAGUAUCUAUUCAAACUAUGCCUUCGUUGUCGGCACUAGUGACCUCUAGGGUAAAACGCCUUUUUUCGCAAUUGUCCAUCGGAAAGAUCUUAUCUUAUCUUAUUAAACGUUAGCGUUAGCUACAUUGGCGACGCAGUUCUGUACGGAGGUUUUUUUUUUUUUGGCUCCAGUCUAGAGAGUCUUUCCCCUAUAGAUGGAUGCCACUUCUGGCACCUUCUGUCUCCUCUUGCCUUGAGGCUUCAGGCUCGAGUGGGCGUUUAUGGAUUUCUGCAACCCUGCUAAGGGUAAAUAGAGUAACUUGAUUUCAAAGAUCCUUGGAUUCGAAGUGCUUUUCUUCAACAGCUACAGGAAAAAGACUACUUCCCUGUGACCAAGGCCGAAAACCCCAGUUUCUCGGCAGAUAAAUGCCUAUGGGUCCUUAAGUCAAAAGGACUUUGAUGAGUACCUCCAUUUCCAGCCACAGGAAAGCAGCCAAAUCCUACCCAGAUGCACAACUCUUGAGCCUGCACUUGAUUUUCAGCUAGCAGUCCGUCCAAUCUUCGUAACCAUAAGGUCCAGACUGUUGAUCUAAGAGGGCAGGUGACACGUGUCGUCAUUUUAAUGCAGUAUCCAUCUGGAAGACACAAAAUAUUCAUUGCUUACUAGGGAGGCAAAACCUAACUAUAUUGCAGACAGCGAAAAUGGAUUUUUUGAAAGCGGGAUUCAUAAUGAAUAUAUUUGGAAUAAAAUCGGAUCAUUUCAAACAAAUUCUAUUAGAAAUUACAUUAACCGUACCCACUUAAAUUUAUUUUCUUUUUUUUUUAUGGAGCAUGAAGAUAUCAUAAUAUACCAAUUUGACUUGCGCAAUAAAACUAUUUAUACAGCAGAAAGCCCUUACAAUUAUUUUUCGAAAUUGAAAUCUAAAUCAAAAUAA